AUGCACGAGCGCGCGGCGCCGCAGAGCAGCCCCGAGCCCAUGCGCGGGCGCCACAGGCUGGACGCGRCGCACAAGGACAGGAGCCUGGACUCGCUGGAUGGCAGCCUCCACCUGGGCGAAGCCCUGAAGGAUGAGGACCUCAAGAAGUGCCACCGGGACGUGGCCGCCAGCAAGUACAACUCGCAGUACCACAAGCUCUUCAAGGACAUCCCCACGGAGGAGAGCGUGCUGAAAGUCUGCUCCUGCGCGCUGCAGAGGGACAUCCUCAUCCAGGGAAGGCUGUACAUCUCCCCCAACUGGCUCUGCUUCCACGCCAACCUCUUCGGCAAGGACAUCAAGGUCGUGAUCCCCGUGGUGUCCGUGCAGCUCAUCAAGAAGCACAAGACGGCCCGGCUGCUGCCCAACGGGUUGGCCAUCACCACCACGGCCAGCAGGAAGUACAUUUUUGUGUCGCUGAUCUCGCGGGACAGCGUCUACGACGUGCUGAGGAGAGUCUGCACCCACCUGCAGGUUUCGAGCAAGAAGAGCUUGAGCUUGAAGGAAUUUUCGGAGGAGCCCGAUGCCGUGUCGCUGGAGGUCAUCGUCCCCGAGGGCAAGUGGAGGAAGGUGUCGCCCGCGUCGCUCUCGCUGUCGCUCCCGGACGCCGAGUACCAGUGCAUCCACCGGGCCUCGGGCAGCAGCCUCAGCGCCAAGGAGAGCUCCUUUACCUCGGAGGAGCCCUUGGUCUCAGAAAGUGCAAUAAACACAGAGGAGGAGCUGGAGGGGGAGCAGAGCUGCGUGGCCGAGCUGAGACCCUCCGACUACCAGCUGCUGAAGAUCUUCAUCGUGCUCAUCUGCCUCCUGGUCGUGUCGUCUUCCUACCUGGCGUUCCGCAUCUUCCGCCUGGAGCAGCAGCUCUGCUCCCUGAAUCGGGACUACCUCUCCCGUGGGCACAGGAGGUGACUGUUAGCCCGGAGCUCUGGCUCAGCACAGACAACGAGGGAGAAGCACUUUGUGUACAGACGGCCGCCCAGGCUGCCGCAAAGGCGGACGCAGUGUUUGGAGCACCCGGAUCUCCCAGUGUCGGGGCUCUCCUCUCCGCUCAGCCCCGGCAGAGCCCCGUGUCCUCCCGCCUGUGGGACCCGGUGGCUCCUGUUGCAAACUUGGUGCAGGCCCUCGUGCACCCAUCCCGCUCUGGAAGGAGGCGAGUUCCGUGUCUUCCGCUCAGUAGCCCCAGGCUUGACUGUUGCACGUGGCCUGACUUUCCCUCGGGGACCAAAUACCCUCUGUUUUCCUCCCUCGCGGACUCCCGCUCCCGAGCAGGACUGCUCCAUGGGUGACGGCCACCGGUGCCAACUCCCCGUGCCAUUGGAAACGCGUUGUCUUCCCGGGACGCUGAGGCACCGCUGCCCCGCUUUGGGCCUGCCCGGAGGACAUGCUGCUACAACGGUCACUGUUUUUUAUCCCAGACUUGGGAUUUCUGUGUUAAAAGAUGAUCUUUAGCUAGACCGGGAGCCCUUGGGCACAAGUGGGGGAMCUCCUAAAGGAUGCAGGGGGCCCGGGCCUGUCCUCGCCGGCCCUGCUCCCGUGCUGGGGCCGUUGUCUCCAGUCCCGCUCACUCCCGCGUGCCGGGCUGCCCUGUGGGCCC